CAACUGUUGAACUGAGCUAGAAUUAAAAUAUUACCAAUCAAUAGAAACCAUGGCCUCAACAGGAUUACUGGUGGUGUCUAACAUCAAGCAACUUGGAAAAUCCCUGCGCGCCAUCGAGAAGUACGUGAACUCCCUAUACAUCCACUUGAAUGUGGCGGGGUCAACGUCCACAACGUCACCAAAUCUACCGGAUCCUCCGGUUUGGGGUCGUCUGAUUUCUCAGCUCUAUGCGAACAGCAGCAGUUAUGUGGGCAACCAGUUGGACCUGCGGGUACUUGUCUCGCCACUCCGGCCAGGAAGCAGUGGAUCCUUGAAGUUGCUUCAGCCAGUGGACUUGAUAUUUUCGGAUGCACAUCAUCCGGAACUGUGCGACAAGUUGCGGGCGGAUCUCAACAUCAGCAAGCCCACUAUCUUCCUAGAAGACUCACCUAUCUCCAAUUUAAGAGACCAACAGGACGCCUCGCAGGCUCCGAAGAUGUAUCCCUCGGUUGUCCUUGGCGGAACCUUUGAUCGCAUUCACCUGGGCCACAAGAUAUUCCUCACCCAGGCGGUACUGCGCACCUGCAAACGUCUGGUUGUGGGCGUGACGACCCCAGCCAUGACGAAGGGCAAGACUUUGCCGGACUUGAUACUGCCCGUGAAGGAGCGUAUUGCCCGGCUAAGACAUUUCCUUAUGGACAUAGACAGCACGCUCCAGUACGAGAUAGUGCCAAUCGACGAUCCCUUCGGACCCACGCAAGUGGAUCCCGAUCUGGACAUGAUUGUUGUCAGUGCGGAAACCCUGAGAGGUGGUCAAAAGGUCAAUGAGAUACGCUCCGCCAAGCAGCUGCGGGAGCUGGAAAUCUUCGUUAUCGAUAUUGUGGAGAGCAACGUGCAUGACGGCAUCCACGAGACGAAAGUCAGCUCAAGUAACACUCGGAUUGAUUUGCUGGGAACUCGCUGGCGAAGACCGGAUCAGCGACCACAGCUCCCGUCGCGUCCCCAUAUCAUAGGUUUAACAGGUGGCAUCGCCUCCGGCAAGAGUAAGAUGGCCGAGAGAUUGGGCGGAAUGGGCGCCCAUGUCAUCGACUGCGACAAGGUGGCCCACGAUGUAUAUGAACCGGGUCAGGUGUGCUACGAACGGAUUGUGCAGCAUUUUGGAAAGGGCAUUGUUGCCGCAGACGGCCGGAUAGAUCGUUCGAAACUAGGGCCCUUGGUAUUUGCCGAUCCCAAGCAGCUGCAGACCCUCAAUGGGAUCGUCUGGCCGGAACUCAUCGCUGAGGUCAAUAGAAGACUAGAUGCACUUCGUUCCCAGGCCGAAGUGCCCCGUGUGGUGGUCCUGGAGGCUGCGAUACUGUUGCGUGCGGGCUGGGAGUCCAAUUGCCAUGAGAUUUGGUCCAUGAUUGUGACGCCCGAAGAGGCUGUUCGUAGAAUAGUCAAUCGCAACAACCUCAGUGAGGAGGAGGCCAGGAAGCGGCUGUCCAGUCAGGUGCCCAACACGGAGAUAGUGGCCAAGUCUCACGUUAUCUUCAGCUCACAAUGGGAUCACGACUUCACACAGAAACAGGCGGAGCGGGCCUGGCGAAUGCUCACCAAGGAACUGGACUCGCACCAGAGCAGUCUCUAACACUAAUUGAUAUUCAAGUUACCUGAGAUAACCAUUGUUGAACCUUUUUUUUGUAUGAUUCUUUAUGCAUUUGUUGUACAUUGCUUAUUUGUAAGUCGAAAGUUAAAGAGAAGCUCGGGGACGUCAUUGGGAAA